AUUUUCAAGUCUCAACUUAAUUAAACCAGCGGUUCAUAAACCUUUAACCAAAGCACAAAAUUAACAUUGAACCUUGAACCUUGAACAGCCACAAGAACUCAACCAUGAAGAAACUCUACAAGAAAGGCCAAGUGCACCCAUCACCGCCAUCUAUCGCCGACCACUUGGCGUUGCUUCCUGCAACAAUCCUAACCCUCACUGCGACACUCUCGGCUGAAGACAAAGAAGUCUUGGCCUACCUCAUCAUCUCAUGCUCCAACACUUGUACCAACUUUUCUUCUCAUACAAAAACUAUCCUCAGUAGUAAUGGUGAUGGUGAUGCUGGAGACCACACACCUAUGUUUGAGUGCAACUGCUUUAGGUGUUAUAUGAGCUUUUGGGCACGAUGGGAUGCUUCGCCAAGCCGUGAACUCAUACAUGAAAUCAUUGAGGCUUAUGAGGAAGAAUUGGUUAAGAAGCAGGAAAGGAGCACCAAGAGCAAGAAGGAGAGAAGGAAGAGAGCCUGUAAUGAGUUAAAGGAUGGGGAGAGAGAUUCUGGGGAGGCGUUGUUGAAUAAUGAGUUUGGUCAGUCUGUCUCUGUGGAUGUGAGCCGCGGUGAUGGUGAUGAGUUUGUGAUGGAGAAGGGGUCUGUGAGGAAGAUUAUGAGUUUCAUUGGAGAGAGGAUUUGGGGUGUUUGGAAUAGGGUUUAAUUUUCUUUUCAUGUCCAAGACAUUGAUAAGUUUUCUUCUUUCCA